CUAGAGCCACAACAAGUGUUUAUCAUGCUAAACCAACUGAAAUAAAUAAUCGUAUUUAUUAAUUAGCGCAGCGCAGAAAAGAGAUCUACACAAGGAGGAAGAGGGCGAAUCGUGGCGUCACCUGUCAACACGUCGGGACGGUGCUACGUUUUCGCGUCGCGCGAUUCUACGAGGUGGGAUUUAACCGGGGAUGUGGAAAUCGCGCGGAUUUCGCGUCGAACUCUCGAUAUUCGUGAUUAAGUAUUCCGUUUUCUGGCACUCGCUCACGCGAAUUUAAUACCAAAGUUAAUCGGACAUCGCAAGCACGAGCGCAAAGCGCUGAUGAGUUGAAUGGAUACUGGAAUUAUUGAAAUCUCGUAGCAAAACGUCAAUUGAAGCGCAUGAAUGUGAGGAAAUAUACGAUAGAGAAAGAGAGAGAGAGCAAAAGAGACAACAAGCGAAGCGAGCGUGAGUGAGAGAGAAGGGGAGAGGAGCGUAGAUACUCUGUGGAAGUCGGAAAGCAGAAUUGCAACGUACGCGUUUGUCACGCAUCGAGUGUUUGUCACGGCUGGCUGAAAAAAGCGCGACGUUUCCCAGGAAAAAAUGAGAGCGGCGUCUUCAUGCUCGUGAAAAUAUAGGAGGAGAAUCUGACAUAACACUCGAGAAAAUAGGAAAUGUACGUCCCCGAGAGGGAAGAAGUGUCUGAAAGUUGGUUACAUAUAUAUGAUCUGAGCAGUACUAUGAUUCCCAAUAUAAGUACAGCAAUUGACGACGAGGAGCAUUUCUGUAAACUCAUCCUAUAUAAGGAAAUCAAAGAUUCAAGAGUACGAAUAUGGGAUGUCAUCAUUCUAAUACCAAAUCUCUUGUUUCUUCUAUUCAUUGCAAUGCGAUUCAACAGAGCAAGGCUUAAGUUACGUGCAACGAGUAGUCCGAUAUUUUUAGCAUUCUAUGGUCUCGUUAUUUGUAACGUAGUUAUAUCAGUGAUACGCUGUAUUGUAUCAAUGUCGGUAAGCGCAGCAGCGACGGUCGGUGGUAAAGCCGACAAAGUUUUAUGGGUCACAGUGAGAUUUUUUCUACUAUCCACCGAGAUGAGUGUAGUUAUAUUUGGUCUAGCAUUUGGCCACUUGGACAGCCGUUCCAGUAUUCGUAGAGUAUUGCUCGCUACAUCAUUUAUAGCGCUGGCAUUUACGAUCACUCAAGGCACAUUGGAAUUAGUUUUGCCAGAUGAUACAUUUCAUAUUCCCAGCCGUGAUUUUUACGUGUUUGGUCACGGUGGUAUGAUGUUUUGGUUUUGCAGCAGUCUCGUUUUUACUACGAUAUAUCUUUUCAUAUUAAUACUGCCAUGGACACGGUUACGGGACCGCCUAGCACUUCCUACACGGAAAAGCUUUUACAUUUAUGCCGGAACGCUAGCGACAUUGGACCUAGUGCAAUCAAUUGGCGCAGGCUUUCUAAACUACACGCAAAAUCCAGUGGGGUUAUGCAUUGUAGACUUCACAGCAGCAGUAUAUUUAAGUCUUUUUACUCCUUUGGUUUAUCAUACAUUCCUAUCGGAAUUUUUUGGGGUUUCACAACCUUCGAUAAUGUUCUCUUAUAAAGCGCAAGUGGACGACGCAAUGGACGAAGACACGGUGUCGUUACCGCAUCAACAGAGUUUUUCAUCCUUGAAAACUGACAGCGAUUACAUCUAUCAGAAUCACAGCGUUUAUGACUCGACCCAGUUCGACACGAACGCUACGCCAAUCAACCCGCUCUACGCGGCGUCUCUUCAAAGCCCAGAUAGUAUUACCGGUUACAGUAUAGACAGUCAAGAAGCACCGAAUCCAACAAAUGGUUAUCAACAAUGAACUGUUGCACAUAUCGGUUCGGUGUACUACAGAACAAACCUGGAUACACACGAACAAUUAUCUCAAUGGUUAAAUUACAAUUUUACUAAGAACUUCGUGAAAUUCCCUCUAAAUACGAAGAAUUCGCUACUUUUUUCGGAAGGAGAGUGUCGUACAAAAAAGUUCGGAAUUAGAGUGAAGUAGCGUUACGAUUGUCGCGAGUCGAAGGAAGGAUUCUAGUCGCUCUUAAAGAAUUUUCAAGGCCGUAAUAAAUACGAAUGCUUUCGGUCUUCAUGUGAUAGUUGGCACUGAUGCGCCAAAUUGUGAUCGCAAAGUGCUGGAAGAAAUCUCGUAAAAACUCGAAAUCUCCAGAUAGUUUUAAUUUGCUUUGUUAUUAGGGUCUGAGGUUCUUUUUCGAAGGAUGAUUAAGUUAUAGCAUUAAUUUAUAUUAUUUUUGUACUUAGAAAGAGACUUUGGGAUCGUCGCGCGAGUGAAUUUUUUAUAGCAUCUAAAAAAUAGAACUUUUUUUUAGCAAAACGUUCAUUUAUCUCAAAGCAUGUAGAAGAUAUAUAGAUGGUUUUAGGAUUCGUAUACUGCCUCUCGACAAAGACAUUCUCAUUAGUCGUAUUUUUUUUUUAUCGUUAAAUAUAACUUUGUCCAAAUAAAGAGAGUUCAGUAAUUUAUAUAUAUAUAUAUAUAUAUAUAUAGAAAAUAAAAAUUUAUAUCAACAUUUCUUUAAAAUUGUCAUCGUUAUGCAAUAGUUAAUAAUAUGUGACUUUUGCAAUAUCCUGUAUAUGCAAUGCAAUCAAUCGUCUCUAUUGUUUUGUAUUAAAAACUACAAAAAUUGGUGUGACGGCCAUGUGGAAUACCAAUAAGACAAAAACGAAACACUUAGAUUUAACUUUCGAAUCUUGCUUAUCGUUUCUCCGUCCUCAUCAAAGUGGACGUCGUCGUAUCGUUCUAAAGUGAUCCUCCUUGCGCGGGAAACUACGCGCAAGCAACAAGCCGGACACACGCUAUUUUCUUACUUUUGCAUCGAAAAUCAUUAGAUCGAUUAUAUAAGGACAAUAGGAGUCAUUAAGAUUAAACGUCGUGCGGAGAUAAUUUUUUAGAUUUAAGAAAAACUCUUCGACGCUCCAAUAACUAUUACGGAAGACUCCAUCCAUGAUGUAUAUAUAUAUGAUCUGUAUUCUAAUGUAAAAGAUAUCAUACUAUUUAUAUAUAUUAAUAUAUAUACAUAUUAUACACAUACAUAUAUUUAUCGAUAUUACGUAUCUCCGUAAUCUGACGAUUCAACUGGCAGAACAUUCGCUCCUGCGUUAUCCGUCUUUUUUUUAAAUCGAACGUUUAUCUCGCGCAUGUGGGAAGAUAAAAGAAAAUAUACACAAAAUUAGCAUUAUAGAGUUGACAAAACAAUGUUUAUCACACAAUGCCCAAAGAUGCGAUUGUAGAUUCAUGAGGUUGUAGAUUCCUCCGUUUUCCUACGUGCAUUUUAGAGGAAGAAACACUAAGAACGAGAAAAAAAUCACAAGUGAUAACGUAACUACGUAUUUUCUAGCGUUUAAGUCAUUCGAAUUUGUAUAUACAGAACGGAACAGCGUUAUAUAAGGAGUCUGUCUCUAUCAAUUGCAAUUGCUUCUUACCAUCUCCGACUAUCAAUCACCCCGCACUCUAUGAACGUUACCUGCGAUCGUCUGACCGUGUGUGAUUUUUUUGUAAGCAUUGAGUGCAAUGUAUAAGGCAAAGUUAUGUGACCGCGUCAUAUAGCUAUAAUUGAUUGAAAGAAAGGUAAAAUAAAUGUAAAUCACAAUUCA